AUGAGACAUAUAAGUUGUUUGAGUUUAGAUAAAUUAGACGCAGAAUCAGUUACUACUAAAAUUUUAUCAUUUAUGGAAGACAGUGGCCUUAAUUUAAGUAUUUAUGGACAAGGUUAUGAUGAUGGUUGUGCUACAAUGGCUGGCAAAGUAGGCGGCGUUGCUAAAUUAAUUCAACCGGUUACAAAUAUUUUACAAGGUGUAUCAAUGGAGCUUUAUAAAGUUCGGGAACAUGUGGAGGAAUUGUUAAAAAUGUUAGAAGACAAUAGAACAAAUGCAAAUGAAAUCUUUGAUUUAUUAUUUACUGACGCCAAAUCUAUAGAAGAUGACUUUGAAUUCACUAUAACUUGUCCCAGAAUAACUGGAAAACAAUCACACAAAAACAAUUAUUCUUAUGAAUCUCCCAAAGACUAUUAUCGAGUGUCAAUUUUUCUACCUUAUCUAGAUUCAAUAAUUCAGUGUAUUAAAGAAAGAUUUGAAAAAACUGAAAGUGAAGGUUGGUAUAGUUUAUGGCAAAAAAAAGACUGUCGAAGUAUGGACAUAAUAGAUUUACUAGAACAUAGCAAUAUAUUUUUCCCUAGCAUUACAAUUGCAUUAGAAAUUUUUCUAUCUUUGCCAGCUACAAGUUGUACAGCUGAAAGGUCAUUUAGCACUUUACGAAGAGUUAAAACUUGGCUUCGGUCUACGACGGGUGAAGAACGAUUAAAUGGUCUAUGUAUGUUAAGUGUCCAUCGUGAAAGAAUUAAUAUAAGAAAAGAAAAAUUCAUUGAACAAUUGAUAACAAGGUUUGCAAUAGAACAACCACGAAGACUUCAGUUUUUAUUUAAUAUAGAAUAA